AUGAGGAAGAAGAAAAGGCUCCGUGAGACGGACGAACUGCCAGCCAUCAACCGUAACACACGCCCAAAGACAUGGAAUGGGACAGCUGGCACAGGUCGUUUGUUUGUGAGAGAAGAGAGGAUGAGGCCGUCUAAACUUUUUUUGUAUGCGACGGGAAAUCUUCGGCGCGCUAGUGGCCUUGGCGCGACUGUGUCUGCCUGA